CUGAUAGACGGCACUGACUGGCAUCACUGCUGGGCACUGACUGGCGGCACUGACUGGCACAACCCCUGGGCACUGACUGGUGGCACUGACUGGCAGCACUGCUGGGCUGCACUGGUGGGUGGCACUGGUGGGCAGCACAGGUGGGUGGGCACAGGUGGGUGGCACUGGUGGGCACAGGUGGGCAGAACUUGCGGGUGGCACUGCUGGGCACCGAUCAUCAGGGCACUGAUCAUCAGUGCCCUGAUGAUCGGUGCCGAUCCCCGCUCUGACAACUGCCGGUUCUCGGCAGUACUUUCCUCACGAUCUGACAGCGUGAGGAAAGUGCAGCCGAGAACCGGCACUUGC